UAAUACUGUACUCAACUGCCAACAAAUAUUUUUUUCUUAAAUAAAUAGAAAGAAGUCCAUUUAUGAGAAUAUAUUUCCUUUUUUAGUAUAAACAGCAUCAUGGACCAUAAGACUACAAAUUUUAGUCAGUAAAGUAAACCCAUCAACCCAACACAUAGGAACCUUCCUACCUCCCCUUCUCCCUCUCCUCUGUAUAUAUAAAUAUAUAUAUACAUUUCUAUAUCGAUCAAGCUCAGAUAUAAAAAUAUGGACAGCAUAAACGACACUACAACACCCGCCAACUACGCCUUAAACGGCAAGAUAAUGCUCUGUUCAGUAGUCAUUCUCUUCAUCAUCAUAUGUCUCGUCGUUUUCUUCCAUAGUUAUUCUCGCUGGUUCACUAAUCCCUCUAGACGACGUCGUUCACGCCGUCAAAUUCUUGCUCGUAAUAAUUCCAUUACUCAAAGAAACGCUGUCGUUUCAUCUCAAGGUUUGGACCUCUCUAUCCUCAAAACUAUCCCCACCUUCGUUUAUUCCUCUUCUAUCCACCGUGUCGGGGUUGGCGCCGCUUUGCUAGAAUGCGCCGUGUGCUUAUCCGAGUUCGAAGACAACGACUUAGGCCGUGCUUUGCCCAAAUGCAGCCACGUCUUUCACGUCGAGUGUAUCGAUCUCUGGUUCGGCUCACACUCCAACUGCCCUCUUUGCCGGGCCCCUGUCCUAUCCGAAUCUCCGGCCCAUGGGCCUGAAACUUCGGCCCAAAUCUUUAUAACAGUGGGUGAAAUGGGUUUAGAGUCAGAUUCAGAGUCUAGAGUAAUCGACGUUGCUGAUGAUAGAUUAGGCGGGGAGAUGAGUUGCUCGGAAUCUUCUCCGGUGGGUAGUUUAAGGCCGGAGUGGUGCCGGGGAGAUAAACCGGCUGAUCUUGUGAGUUUGGGUUUGCAAGAGUCAAGAAGAGAGAUGGAAUCGGGUUCGCCCGAUAUAAGUCGGGUUAAGUAUCCGGGGAAUCGGGUUAUGUCGUUGAAGAGGAUUUGGAGUGUGUAAAGCAAGUAGGGUCUGACGUGAGAUGAUGUCAUUGGGAGAGUGGAAUAUCUAGACGACAUCAUCAUGAUUCUUGGGCUCUCUCCCAUCACUUCGUACAAAUCUUUGUACAUAUUUGUGUAUUUAAAUUUGUGUAUAUAUUUAACUAAUAAAAUUUUAUUAUCAAAAAAAAUAAAAACUAAUAAAUUUUGAGUUAUUUGACAAUUAAACUGAAUUAAUUAAU